AUGUGGUUCUUGUGUAAUGAUUAUGUUUAUGAGCCAGUUGCAUAUAGUUUAUCGUGUGUGCAGAAAGCUUCAAUCAAUUGGGCAACAUCGUGGGAUGAGUUACCAACUCGUACUCGAUGUCGCGCCAGCUUGAACUGGAGUCAGUCAGUGCUGGGGAAGCCGUCGUCGGGGAUAGGAAAGAUGUGGACGAUCAUCUUAAUAGCGUCGUUUGCUGUGCUUGGGACAUCUGCGGAUAUCGGGCCAGAGCUGUGGCGUGUAGAAGCCCCGGGACAUCACAUAGCGGUGAGGGCGCUGGCAGAUGAGGGAAAUGUAGACGUCUGGGGUCACACACCAUCCCACACCAAGGUUUUGGUUGAGGCGGAGGCCAAGAGCCGCGUGGCGAGGGCUCUGGACGAGGCCAACCUCAAGCACAGCGUUGAGGUCCCGGAUGUCCUGGCGCUAGUGGAGGAGGAGAGGGCGCACAUGCAGGAGAAGAGGAGGAAGCGCGAGUCAGAGCAGAUGGACUGGACGACGUUCCAUGACCUGGAAGACAUCGAGGGCUUCGAGGAAUGGCUGAACUUCACCUCGAGUCAGCUCGUGCAGAUGGCGUCGGUGGCCAGGACUCUGGAGGGCCGCGAGGUCAGGCUGGUGAGGAUCACCGACCCUUCCACGCCAGGACCUAAGAAGAAGAUCUGGAUCGAGGGAGGUAUCCAUGCCAGGGAAUGGAUCUCCCCCGCCGUGACCACGUACUUGAUGCAUCAGGUGGCAGUCAGUCCUGAAUGGAGGGACAUCUUGAAGGUCACCGAGUGGUACUUCGUGCCCGUCGCCAAUCCCGACGGCUACGCCUACUCCUUUUCGUCACCCAGAGCAAGACUUUGGCGGAAGAACC